UUUAAACUAAUAAAAUUUUUAAAGGCGUAAUUCAUUUCUGUCCUCUCUGUCUGCUUUAUUGGUAAUGUUGUGAAGCUGCUACAAGCGAGAAUGUGAUACAAAUCAAUGGAUUCCACGCGAAGUUCUCUGAGUUGGAGUUCUUUGACAAUCUCAGAGAAAAUUUGUGCUUCAUUUUUCCCCAUUAUUGCACUCAUUGAAGCUUGUAUUUAUGCUGUUUCUGGUUGCUUCGAAUGUCAUUACCCUCCAAAGAACAAGUUUAAUUACGACUACGCGGACCUUGCUCGACUUGCCGGUGAAUCUCGAUUUAAUGUGAAUGAAGUGGAAGCAUUAUAUGAGUUGUUUAAGAAGUUGAGUUGUUCAAUUAUCGAUGAUGGUUUGAUACAUAAGGAAGAGCUUCAGCUAGCCUUAUUUCAAACUCCAUAUGGUGAGAAUCUCUUUUUGGACCGGGUUUUUUAUCUUUUUGAUGAAAAGCAGAAUGGAGUCAUUGAGUUUGAGGAAUUUAUCCAUGCACUUAAUAUCUUCCAUCCAUAUGCGCCAAUAGACGACAAAAUAGACUUUGCCUUUAGGUUGUAUGAUUUACGACAAACUGGGUUCAUUGAGCGAGAAGAAGUUAAGCAAAUGGUAAUUGCAAUUCUGAUGGAAUCUGAAAUGAGGUUAUCUGAUGAACUGGUCGAGGAAAUUAUUGAUAAGACAUUUGCUGAUGCCGAUGCUGAUGGGGAUGGUAAGAUUGAUAAGAAGGACUGGAAAGAGUUCGUUAUUAGAUACCCGUCAUUGCUGAAGAACAUGACUCUGCCCUAUUUGAAGGACAUCACUAUUUCAUUCCCAAGUUUUGUCUUCCACACACAGGUUGAAGACUCGGAGAAAACCCAUUUGUUGUGACAAGUUGUGUACUAGCCAUAGCAUGGAGAUAUGAUUGGCGCUUGGAAUUCCGUUAAAUCUGGCUAAAUGGUUUGUGCCAUCUCUAGCAAUGUCCUCCAUUAUAACAGGACAUGUUGGCAUCAAGUCUAAAGCAGCAGCCAACAGCUUUUCUUCUACUAUAAGGGGUCGUUUGGUACAAAGAUUAAUAAUGCAGAGAUUAGUAAUGCUGAGAUUAGUAGUGCAGGGAUUAUAUUUACCAAGUGUUUGGUUCAUUGUUUCCCACCUCAUCUUGUGUUUGGUUUAAAACUUUGUAAAAAAUUUCUUUCCAAUUAUACCCUUGAAUUAUUAUGUAAUUGGGUUAAGGUUAAUAAUUGCCAGACAAUAUUAUUUUUUU